ACUUCCUAGUUCCCAGAACGUAAAUGUCUUUUUAGUUUAUUUAUUGUGUCUGUCAGAUCGAGCUGCGAGUGGCUGUGAUAAGUAAAUGUAGGUAAAUUAAAAAAAAGAAUACGAAACGGGAUUUGCACAGUUGGCACGAAUAAAAAACACCUACUAGAAAUAACAAUAGAGUGAGACAUGACAAUUGACAUAAAAAUAUAGUAUAUGUCAAAUUUUUAGAAAGUGAUAUGUGGUAUUAUAGUUUGUUUGUCAUUUUUGAAAACUAAUUUUUCCCUUUGUUACUCAACGGGGAAUGGUCAGUCUCACACGUCAUUUAAAUACCUCUGGCAGUUUUCAGGGAGCUGUAUUUUUUGAUCCAUCAUUAAACAUGGAUGAUGAAGAAUAUCUCCAGCCAGUCUUGGUCUCUCAAGAACAAGAAAGUUUUAAGAAACUAGAUACCAUUCCUAUGGUUUCUGUACCUCUUUUUUGUGGAGUUGCUUUAGAAAUAACAGGCAUCAUAUUUGUAUCAAUAUGGCCAGAAGAAACAAAAAAAUGUGAAACAUACUUUAUAUUGCUUUAUCUUCAUUGUGCUUAUUGGCUCAUCAUCAUGAUAGUAGAUCAUUUAGUGAAAUCACGGCAUCAUAAUCUGAGAAUAUGUGGAUAUUUGGAUUUCUAUCAAUCCACUAAUCAACAUAUCAGAACACCACUGUUUAUAUCCUCCUUAUGGAAUACGUUUUAUUUAUUAUUAUCUGUCAUCUUACAUCAGAGUCACCAAUCAAAUUAUGAAGAUUAUUGUAAACUUUCUCAAUGGUUUACACCAUUAAAUUAUAUUGUACUACUCACAACUUUUGAGCUAAUUAUCAUUGUGCCAGUUUACAUAAAUUAUAUUAAAAGAGUAAGGAGAUUCAAUCGAUCAAAACCUCCACCAGAUGUUACUCGAGAAGAAUGGCUAAUGUCAUUCACUCAGAAUUCUUACACAGGAGAAGUAGGCUAUCACCAAAGAGGACUGAAUUUGGCUGAACUACUAGAAAAGCAAGCUGAUCUGAUUAGGUAUUUAAGAGAUCAUAAUGUUAAAUUAAGCCAUAGGAUGAUGCUUUUAGCAUCACAGCAACACAACAUGCAAGUUUGAAAUCUAAGUGAUCAAAGUGACAAAUAAGUAGACUGUUAUUCAUAUCUGAAAUAUUUGGGCUGUAAUACUGAUUUUAUAUAAAGUUUGUUGAAUAUUUUCUAAUAAAGAUGAUGGAAAUAAUAUUAUAAUAUCUACAGAAAAAUCAUGAUUAAAAAAGUUAUUACUUUAAUAAUAAUCCAUUUAUUUCAAUUAAGUUGAAAUUAUUGUUUAUCUCCGGGAUGGUUACAUUAAAAUAUAUUGCGAUAUUGUUUUGAAAAAAAAAUGAACUGUAUAAGUUAUAAUCAUAUCAGUGUAUUAUUAGUUUCUUCCAAAUGAAUGAAAC